CCACUCACCCUCUUUUCCUUUUCACCACUGCGGGGACGACUUCUAAUUUGCAGUUUUCCUGACGUACCCAUGGUAGAUACAAGCUGGUGGCUUGCAGACUGCGUCUGUCUGGAGAUAGGCAGCGAGCCGAUGGAUAACAACACUCCAGGAGAAUGAUUAUGCAGCAGUUAUUUAAGGAUAGGCUUUUGUGGUAUGGCAGCAUAUGAGCCGAUUCUUCAUCAUCUUGUCUUUGACGUGAUCCACUGAUCGGAAUCUGCUUGUUCACAGAUCGGAAAGGAACAGAGAGUUUUCCUUGUUUAACAACCACACAGAGCACCCUAUCAUCUGCUUGAACAGGACAAGUGGUGAAGGAGAGUAGAAAUGGCAGAGGAUAGGAAAGAUGAAGCCAAGGCACCGCACUGGACUUCGGGUCAGCUAACAGAGGCUGCUUCGCACCCACACUCACCUGAAAUUAAGGAACAGAGCAGCGCGGGUGCCGGACUGGUCAGAAGUGCCAAUGGGUUUCCCUACCAAGAGGGCGAGGAGCCUGGGCUGGGCAGCCGGGAGCAGCCGGGGACGUAUGCUCGCAGCAAAGAGAAUGGAAUCAAUGGAGAGCUGUCGGCAGGGGACAGAGAGACAGCAGAAGAAGUGUCUGCAAGGAUAGUGCAAGUAGUAACAGCUGAAGCUGUAGCAGUCCUGAAAGGUGAACAGGAAAAAGAAGCCCAGCACAAAGAUCAGCCUGGACCACUACCUAUAGCAGUCGAAGAGUCAGCCAACCUGCCUCCUUCCCCACCUCCAUCGCCAGCUUCUGAGCAGACUGGAGCUCUGGAGGAAGAAGAAGAACCAGUAGAGAGUCGGAUGGCUGUGGAAGUGAAACCUGCUGCUCUUCCUGGGACGCAACUGGGGAAAGAGCAUGGGCCCCCUGAGCCUUCAGAGCAGGCCAAGGGCCUUGGUGAGGGUCGGCCGGAUUUUGGUUUGGAGGCCACAGUGUGUCACGAAGACAAAAUACCAAGUGUGGCAUCCAGCAGGGAGAGCCUAACAGCUGUGGGGGAAAUGCCUCUGAAAGACACAUCCCCUUCCUUGGCUGCGGAAGCCACGAAGAUGGAAUUCCAUGUCCAGGAGGGCACGUGCCCUUUCACAACAGAUCCAUUAGACACAAAGCGACAGGAAUCUGGAAAAGACAGUAAGACUGAGCAACCUAAACAUGAUGCCUUAGUUCCACAGCCAGCAAAAACAGAGGCUACAGAUAAAAAGGAUUCACAGAGCAAAGACAGAGAAAAUAUGCCUUCACCUCUAUCAGAACAGAUCUUGGAAACCGAUUCACAGAAGAAAUUGGAAGCCAGUUUUGCAGAACCUCCUGCCAAGCUUCCUAUUUCUCAAGUGCAAAAGGACUUGCCAUCUGAAUUGCCUAAAGGGAGCAAAACAGAAGAAAGGACUGCAGAGAAGCCCUCAUCAUCCAACCAAGUUCUAUCUGUGACAUUUAAAGAUGACCUUAAAGAUGUCCAAGAUCUUGCCGUCAGCCGUGAUGGAAGUUCUCUGUUCACAUCAGAACCCAAGAUAGAAGCAGCCAAAAGUGAACUGCCUUCAGACCCAUCUCUUGCUAUCCCCCAGGAUCUUCCCCUCAAAGACAGUGCCAAAAUAAAACCUGAACCUGCUGACCAACUGCUUGCCAAAGAACUUGCUGAAGAUGAACAGGCCCACAGAGGCAUGACCCUAACUCUGCAAGAAGUCUCAACAGUAACUGUAGAUGGCCUGAAAACACCAAGCACACAGAAAAUCCCUGCAUGGGAGCAGGAAAAGGACAUGACCAAGGAUGAGACUGAUGAGGAAGAAAGGUAUGACUUCUACGAUAAAGGGGAGGCUCGAAUAUUAGAUGAUGCUAAAUUUACCACAAAGACUGAAGUUGAGACACUUCCCCCACACAAAGCAGACUUCCCAAAGGAUGGUGAAACUAAAAUGUCUGAUCUUUUCAAGGCAGAAAAAGAAAUGGACCAAACUGGGCUCCAAGCAACAACGGCUAUGAAAAAGGACGUGCAGCCAAGCACAGAGGUAUCCCCUGGCAAAUUAAGCCAUGUGCCGCUCCCUGAGAAAACAACUGAGCACCCUGAUACUCCACAGUUAUCCCAAAUAACAGAGAAGAGCCCUGAGGCACCAAGUUCAACCGCUGAUAAGGCUCCUGCUCCAGAACCUUCUCAAGAGAAAGAUGUUAAAAAAGAAACCAAGGAGGAUAAGGAAAGUGUUUCAGCUACUCAUGAAAUGAAAACAGAAGUGGAUCGAUCGGGAAUGUCCAAGUAUUUUGAAACCUCUGCCCUGAAAGAGGAAGCCUUCAAAACAGACACUCUAAAACAAGGCAGCGAUUACUAUGAGCUAAGUGACACUAAAGAGAGUGCGUAUGAGACUUACCAGGCAGAUCGUCUGAUACCUGAAGACAAAGAGGAGGAGGAGGAAGAAUUACAGAUGGAAUUGGAUCAGCAGCAGAGUAUGCCUGCUCGUGAAAUAGGGUACAGUACCCUGGCUCAGAGCUAUACACCAGACAAAUCUGAAGAACCAAGUUCCCCAACAGAAAGAAUGUUCACUAUUGAUCCCAAAGUCUAUGGGGAUAAGCGAGAGCUCCACAGCAAAAAUAAAGAUGACCUAACUCUGAGCAGGAGCCUGGGACUUGGGGGCAGAUCUGCAAUUGAGCAGAGAAGUAUGUCUAUUAACCUGCCCAUGUCCUGCCUGGAUUCUAUAGCUCUGGGAUUUAGCUUUGGCCGUGCACAUGAUCUUUCUCCCCUUGCAUCAGAUAUUCUAACUAACACUAGUGGGAGUAUGGAUGAAGGCGAUGACUACUUGCCAGCAACCACACCAGCAAUGGAGAGGGCCCCUUGUUUCCCCAUUGAUAGCAGAGAAGAAGAUGAGCACACUGAAGAAGAAAAAGCAAUGACAGAAGAAAAAGUCCAGCCUGAGACCUUGGUUGAAUCGCCUUUCCCAGCCAAAGACUAUUACAAAAAUGGUGCUGUCUUGGCUCCUGACCUGCCUGAAAUGUUAGAUUUAGCAGGGACGAGAUCCAGAGUAGCAUCGGUGAGUGCAGAUGCUGAGGUGGCACAGAAGAAGUCGGUUCCUUCUGAUGCUGUGGUGGAAGACAGCAGCACUGCCCUGACAUCUGUGACAGAUGAAAACCAUGUAACUCUAAAAGCUGAAAGUCAGCUAGAAGACUUGGGCUACUGUGUUUUCAAUAAGUACACAGUCCCUCUCCCUUCUCCAGUGCAGGACAGUGAGAAUUUAACAAGUGAAACCUGUCCCUUUUAUGAAGGCGCAGAUGAAAAAUUGAGACGCAGCCUAGCUCCUGACCUGUCUUUAAUAGAAGUGAAGCUGGCAGCAGCUGAAAAAUCCAAAGAAGAAUUCCUCAGUGAAAAAGACUUGACGCAGCAUGCGACUGGUGAGUCUUUUCUAGCGAGGGACUUCGAGCAGGAGAAAAAAGAGAAGCUCGAUACUGUGUUGGAAAAAAGUGAAGAUCAAGCUGACUUUAAAGAGGGCUAUUCCAUUAAAGAUUCAGAGUCAGAGAAGGCAAAACCUGAGGCAGUCUUAGAAAUGAAAGAGGAAGCCGUGUCUGAUAAAGUUCAUGUCCCCGAUGAUACCACCUACGACAGAAUAUUAGCUACACAGGUAACAGCAGAAAGAGAUGCUAUUUCUUUCUUGAUGGAGAAGGAGAAGACUCUUAGCGUUGUUCCUGAAAUAGCUGAGAUAGAAGCUCCAAUAAAACCAGACUACAAUGCCAUAAAGCAUGAUAUGGAAGUGGCUGCCAGGAGAGCUGACCAAGAAUAUCAGAGUCAGCUAGACAGUAGGAUCUGUGAGGUUGAUUCUCUCCCUUCAGGGAAGGACAAAGCCCCUGUUAAAAAAACAGAGCCUGAGCCCAAAGAAACUCAACAGAAAGAUCAGAUCAUCUUGUCCAGAGAAGCAAAGGAUGCAGAUUUACUUUCCAAGACCGAGCCUAGUUAUGUGAAGGACAGCACCAAACUGUCUGAAACAGAAAUUAAGGAGAAAGUAGCUAAGCCUGAUCUGGUACAUCAAGAGGCAGUUGAUAAAGAAGAAUCUUAUGAAUCUAGUGGAGAACAUGAUCAAACCCAAGAAAGUUUGAACGGAGAACCCUUGAAGCAGGAGGAUAUCAAAGGAGAAGCUCCAAAACCAUCUGUGUCUGAGGAAGAGGUGUCUACGCAGUUGCCAGCAAAGGAACCUUCCACGGAGCUCCUCCUUCCAAAAGCUGAGCCUCCCCAGGAGGAGCCUGCUGAGAUUCAGAUGGAGAGCAUCCCACAGCCUCCAGAGGAAACUGAAAAGAUUCCUGAUACAGUUGUGAAACCUACAGAGGUCCAAACGUUGCUGCCAUCAGAAGUGACAGCUGAGGCCACAAAAAGAGAAGACCACGAGGAAGAGAAGUUAGGUGGACAAGAAGAGAAAGAAGAGGAUAAACAUCAUCUUGUAUCAGAAAUACCCCCAGAAAUGGACUUUGGGAAACCUACUGAUGAAAAAUUGCUAGCCAAGGUUUGCCCAGAAGCACUGCCUGAACUGAAAGGCAUUAUUGAAUCAGUCGUGACAGUAGAGGAUGACUUUAUCACAGUGGUGCAGACAACAGUUGAUGAGGGCGAAUCUGCUUCUCACAGUGUACGUUUUGCUGCUACCCAGCAGGAAGACAUCGAAGCAGUGGACUCCCAGGCUGAAGAGGAGCUGGAGAUUGAGGAAGUGGUUGACAUUCAAGCUGAGCCAAGGGAGGGCUCCCCAGAAGCUCCUGCUUCACCUGAGAGAGAAGAAAUCUUGCUCACUGACUACAAAACGGAAACGUGUGAUGAUUACAAAGAUGAAACAACAGUUGAUGACUCCAUCAUGGACACAGACAGUCUCUGGGCAGAUACUCAAGAUGAUGAUAGGAGCAUCAUGACUGAACAGUUAGAGACUGUUCCUAAAGAGGAGAAGGCAGAGAGAGAAUUGCGAAGAUCAUCUCUCGAUAAGCAUAAAAAAGAGAAACCUUUUAAAACUGGGAGAGGCAGGAUUUCUACUCCUGAAAGGAAAAUAGCUAAAAAGGAACCUAGCACACUCUCCAGAGAUGAAGUGAGAAGGAAAAAAGCAGUGUAUAAGAAAGCUGAACUUGCUAAAAAAACUGAAGUUCAGGCCCACUCUCCCUCCAGGAAAAUCAUUUUAAAACCUGCUAUCAAAUAUACUAGACCAACUCAUCUCUCCUGUGUUAAACGGAAGCAGACAGCAGCAGUUGGUGAAACAAACCAGGCUCCUGGUGUAUUUAAACAAGCAAAGGAAAAACUCUCAGAUGGAGUAAGCAAGAGUCCUGAAAAGCGUUCCUCUUUACCAAGACCUUCCUCCAUCCUUCCUCCUCGAAGAGCUGUAUCAGGAGAUCGAGACAGGGAGGAGAACUCUCUCUCCCUCACAACAUCCCUCUCUUCUUCAGUACGACGGACCACCCGAUCAGAACCAAUUCGUAGCAGAACAGGAAAAAGUGGAACUUCUACUCCCACUACUCCUGGCUCCACUGCCAUUACUCCAGGGACACCACCAAGCUAUUCUUCCCGUACACCAGGCACUCCAGGGACACCCAGCUACUCCAGAACCCCACAUACUCCUGGAACCCCCAAAUCUGCCAUACUGGUACCUACUGAGAAAAAAGUUGCCAUAAUUCGCACUCCUCCUAAGUCUCCAGCAACUCCAAAGCAGCUGCGAGUUAUUAACCAGCCUCUACCUGACCUCAAGAAUGUCAGGUCCAAAAUUGGAUCAACAGAUAACAUCAAAUACCAGCCUAAAGGGGGGCAGGUUAGGAUUUUAAACAAGAAGAUCGAUUUUAGCGAUAUUCAGUCCCGGUGUGGUUCCAGAGAUAACAUCAAACAUUCUGCAGGGGGAGGAAAUGUACAGAUUGUAACGAAGAAGAUUGACUUGAGUCAUGUGACUUCCAAGUGUGGUUCGCUCAAGAACAUUCACCACAAGCCAGGAGGUGGACGUGUGAAAAUUGAGAGUGUGAAACUGGAUUUCAAAGAGAAAGCUCAGGCUAAAGUUGGCUCACUUGAAAAUGCUCACCACGUACCUGGAGGUGGUAACGUCAAGAUUGACAGCCAGAAACUCAACUUCAGAGAGCACGCUAAAGCCCGUGUCGAUCACGGCGCUGAGAUCAUCACGCAGUCACCAGGCAGGUCCAGCGUGGCUUCUCCACGCAGACUCAGCAAUGUCUCAUCCUCUGGAAGCAUCAACCUGCUUGAAUCACCGCAGCUUGCUACCCUCGCUGAAGAUGUCACGGCAGCCCUCGCCAAGCAGGGCUUAUGAAUCUGCUCAUUUUGCGUUGUAUGAAGUAAUAAUAUUUAGGCAUGAGCUCUUGGCAGGAAUGGGCUCAGAGCAGGUGUUACAUUCAUUUUUACCAUGUCUAAAACUAAGUCACAUCCCAAGACUUGUAGUUACCAUACAGUUAAAAAACAAACAAACAGAUAAAUAUUAAUAGAUGCAGAAAUUGGCCUGAUCUCCAUUUACAACAGGAAGACACUGGCUUUAUAUGGGUAUACAACUGCAGUAUGUUACAUUGGACAAUUAUUGUUGCUCUGCUCUGUCUUGCAUGGAGUACCGUACUACAAUAAAAUGCAUUUUUACCUUUCAUGUGCCUGAAGGCCAUCCACCUCUUUCUGAAGAGCCUUGUUAAUAUCCCAAGCUGCUCAUUUCACUGUUCUGUUGAUAGAUGGGGAAAAAAAAAUGAGAAACUGCCCGUUGUAAGUUAUUACAGGUUAGAUUAAGAGUCUGCUUACCAGAAGGAAGGGGCAUAUAGAGAAAUUCAAGUUUAAUUAAUAAAAAAAAAAAAAAAAGUGAUAUUUUGUAUAAAUGAGUAGAACAAAAGUUGAAUUAAGUUAUUAACAUUUUUUUGGACCUGGAUAAUUAUGUCGGUGUAUAGCUGAUAAAGCCAAUAGAUUAUUUAACUAAUAACUAAAGCUAUUAGUUGAAAACAUUGAAUCAUGCUUGGGGAAGUGAUGUAAAAAAGCUUUGAAAGCAAGCACUUCCACCCCAAUAGACUUGUAUCUGAUUAGGAAGUUGGUUAAGCGGCUAGAUCUGUGUAGUCACCAUCAGUUUCACAUCCUUUCCAUCUGUUUGAUACAGUAUUAUAGAUAUAUAUUUCUCUGUGGCCAUUUGUGAGACGCCCUCUUCAUAUACUUGAAUAUUCUACUUUAUUCACAGUAUCUGUGUCUCUUGCACCCUUUGGUGUUGCAAUUUUAGGUAUGUAAAAGUAGAUGUUAGCAGGGUUUCUUUUUCCCUAUUCAUAAAAAUACAUUUAAAAAAAAGAUGAAAACUUUUAGCAUGAAGUUGCUUUCUGUAACAACUAAAAGCCGUGACCCUGUUUUAGUGCCAGAUGCAAGUCUCUUCUGUGAUGCUAGAAAAAGGAUUCCUUCCCUCCUCCCUCCCUUUCUUCACAAAGAUAUGAUUUCUGUGGGAUCCAGAAGUUUGUAAAACGGUCUCCAAAGAUGGCUGGGUUUGGAUUCUGGAUUUUUUUAAAAUCCAAAAUAGUUUGGCUUUUUUUUUUUUUUUUUU